CAGUCUUUGUGCGCGACAAUUAUCAUUCUGAUCGAUUCGGUCCGCGCGGGGGUGAGCCGGCCCGUUUUAUAUCUUUUGUUGUUUUGUAACGCUGCUAAAUCAAUAAUUUUAGUGGCGGCUACUCCGCUAGCGGCCAUCGCGUUCUUAAUUCAAACUUUGACGUUUCGAAUGCUCCGCAAGCUUCGAGGUGUUUUAUCGUGUGCAGUACAGUUACUUUAACGAGGUUCUUUGUAUGUAACGUCUUUGAAUCGCAAAUAGGCGUGCGAAAGUCAUUUCGCGGAGUGUAUUUUGUCUGCAAUCGAAAUUCUACAGAUAAAGUUCGCGAUAAGUGUGUCCAUUUGGCUAACUAACAAUCUAAAGCUUCCGUCGGAUAAGUGACUGCCAGUGUGAGGGAGAUGUGGGCGAAGUGACGAUGUGUAGUGUGUUAAGUGUAGUGCAGUGAAGUGAAGUGACAUGAAGUGCAGUGAUCAGCAUGGCAGCAUCCGAGACUGGGGGACCGGGUUCUGAAUGAUAGCUGCCACUGAAGGCGUGGUAUGGACAAGGAGAACGGAGAGGGCGACGCCGCAUCCAAGCAGCCGCCCGAUGGACUGCUCGACCCGGCUGGAUUGUUCGGAGCGUACUGGGGGCGCGAUGGCGCCGGCGGCGGCGCGGCAGCUCAGGCGCAAGCGCAGGCGCAGGCGGCGCUGUUCGGCUUCGGCUCGCGCUACCCGCCGCCCACCACGCUCGGCGUGGCCGCCAACCAGGCCGCCUCGCUCGGUCUCCACCCCGCCGCGAGUGCAGCUUGGUGGUCCAUGGCAUCCCAUCUGGCGGCUCAGGACUACCUCGCGCGGCUGCAGGCUUCGGGUCUCAACUUCCCUCAUCUGGGAGACCCCUAUGCGGCCCUUUCAGCACUGUCUGGGUCCAGCAUGAAGCAACCCUCCAAGCCUGUCAAGCAGUCCAGUAGAAAUGACAGCAGGUCGAGUCGCAGUAGUAACUCGAGCGUGUCCGCGAAGGAGAAGAGCCCGUCCACCAGCACGUCCAGUUCACAACCCAACAUGGCUGACUGGGGAUCCACAUAUGGGUUUCCAAAAACCUCUUCUCCAUCAACGAUGCCCUCGCAGUCAAUGUCAAGCUUGGCGUCCUUGAACAACCUCGCUCAACAGCCUCUGCACUCCAAAUCCAGCAAGCAGCCGCAACCUCCCCCACCGAGAAAGAGUUCGUCUAUAUCGAAGGAGAAGGAGAGGGAUGUGUCGCGGGGUGACCUCAUGCUGCACGCGGCUCAUUCCGCGUACCACGCCGCGUUAGCUGCUGCUAAGGGGAAGAACAUGUCAUCCUUGUACCCUUUUGGCAUGGGAGGUUCGGAGAAGGACAGGCGGAGUGGGAUAGACUCGCUUACAGGGUUGCCGCACACUAUACUUAGUGAUCCAGCGUCAGUAUUGGGAGGGGUUAGACUGCCUCCAGAUACUGAGAUCAUCAAGUAUACCUCCUCGUUAGCCGGGCCUAAGUCUGCGCCCGGGACCACGAAUCGCGGUCGCAAAAAGACGAUAUCCCUAGACCCUCCGCACGUCUCCGUGCAUCCGCCCGCGCCCACCAAAAGGCAAAAAGUAGACGAGUACGGCAACUCGCGGUCGUCAGUCGAAGUGAUCCGAUUGCCCAACAAGCCGGAGCGGGGCGCCAACUCCGUCUCUGGUACACCUCCACCCAACCUCUCCGAUUACGCGGGUAUAUCGCGGGAGUUGUUGCAAACAAUCGCCAGUCAGAGUGGAGUCAGUUUGGCGGCGCUGGAACGACAACUGGCUGGCUCCACCGCGGCGGCGGAUUCAGGUCUAAACCUGAGCACAAAGUCCAACAAUAGUUCUGAAGAUACUGCAAUGGAUCUCGGGUUGAAGGACGACGAUGCGCCUCUCAACCUCUCCUUAAAACCCACGCCACCGAGCACGCAAGCGUCUGACGCGUUGUCGCGUCUCACGUCGCUUAGCAGUUCUCUCAGCGCCUCCAAUGAUAGGAUAUCUCGACGCAAGCCGGGCGCGAAGCCCCGUCGCGUGGCGCCGGAGAUGAACACUCAAGUGGCGGACUCCCCGCGACCCAAGUCCAGUGGCAGCGAGGACAGUGAAUCAGUUUCCACCUGGCCCUCGAGAGAAGGCCGACCUCGCAACUUGGGACGGGGUGUCAGCAAACCUAAGAAGAAUACAGUAGCAUCGCUGCUAGCGCAGAGCAGAGCCCUAGGCCUCCGCCCCGCGCUGGCUCAGCAGCUACUCGCUGAGACUGACCUGGACAAACUACGCGCGCUACUCGGCGAGAGCGCGAGUACGGACUCGGAAUGUCCCUCCGACAGCAACCCCUCAGACUCCGACGCCAGCGAUGGCGGCAGGCGGCACAACGACUCGCAGCUACGGUUGCCGCUAGCGCUGGGUUGGAAACGGGUGACAGUCAUCAAAGGGCUGUCGCGGAACUGCAAUAUCAAGGGCGACGUGACGUAUACGCCGCCCGAGCCCCAUGCCACCGUGCAGAUCAAAUCUGCGCACGAGUUGCAUAAAUUCCUAGAAGCGAACCCCAGUCCGCCCUUAUGCCGGGAUAACUUCAGUUUGAGUGCGCGUACGCUCCUGGGAGAGUACAUACAGCCGUCCCCGGACAACACGGAACCACUCGUGUUCAACGAGGCUGAGAUCACCAAACGGUUAGAAGAAGCUAGAGCGUUAGCGGCCCUAAGCGGUCGACCAACGCCACCCCCUUUAGAACAUCGCAUGGAGUUAGCGAGAAGACAACAAGCGGCCAGAGACGCUAGAAAAGACUCCGGAGUUCGGGGGAGAGACCAGGCUCGACUAGUCCGCGAUCUAGAAAGAUCCGAAAAGGCCGAAUACGUCAAACGCGAAAAGGAGGCGAGGAGCCAACAGUUGCUAGAGCAAAUCAACAAAAGCCGGUCGCAGCUCACGAUCGAGGCGUUGCCUACCCCGAAAGGUUGUGACGAAUGGAAAAUGCCCGAAAUAGUUAUGGGACCAGCCACUAAACCGAACAAAGACCGGACAAUGCCACAAAUCAGUCUAUCCCUCAUCCCAGUCAGUGGUCUUAAAGAGAACACCCCAAUAAAGACAAUGAAUCUAGACCAAAACUGGAAAGAAACAGAAGAAUACAACGCAUUAGACAAAAUGAAAGACUUCGCCGAAAAGGCUGCCUUCGACCUUCCUAAACGACAAAGCGAAAAAUACUUCGACUUCUCAUUAAUAAAAACGCCGGAUAAAAGAAAACCAGAAAAAGAAAACAACCUAGAAAAACUAAUAGAAUCAUACUCUAGGAUAUCCGAAUUUAUAAACGGCUGCAAUUGGUCAAAAAGUGAAGACGCCAAAAAAGACGACCCAAAAAGCUUGGAACAGAAGUAUUUGGAUGCAAAAAAUGAAUUUAUGACCCAAAAUUUAAUGUUGCUACCCAAAGAUACCCAGAAAUCUGUCUUAAAAGAUGUCAUAGAUUUGAGCGGGGAUGAUGAUAUACUAACUGAUAUAAUAGCAAAAAAGAUUAGUAAAGGGACCUUUAAUGUUGGAAAGGACGGGGCUUUGUCAAUAUCCGUCCAACCGAUGGGAAAGGACGUAAGCCCGGCUAAAAAGAGGAAACAGGAAGAGAUAGAGAAGCAGAGAAUAGAAGAGCAGACGAAGAGGCAACAGGAGAGAGAAAUAAAACGACAACAAUCUAUGCUUCUUAAAGAGCAGCAAAAGUAUAUAACAGAGGAACGCGAAAGGAGAAGACAGCAUACCACGUUUAUCCGCCAACUAGACUCUAGAAGGAGAUGGGAAGAGAGGGAGAGAAGAAAACACCAGAACCUUCUAGAUCGAUUGCUAGUAAAAGAGAAGAAGUUGCAGCAGAGACGGAAAGAGAUGGAGCUACUCUCUGAACUUAGACGACCCCAAGAAGACUCGUCUUUAUCCGACCAGAAGCCACUACCAGGGUUGGAUAGGAUACCCGGACUGAAACUACCCGGACAAGCCAUGGCAGACUUGUUGCAAGUCUUCGAGUUCCUGCAUAACUUCGGACAGGCACUGGGUUUCGAAGUGGAGACAUUGCCGACCUUGAAUUCACUGCAAAUGGGCCUAAUACCCAAUUGCAGCCAGGAGGCAGAGGACGAACUGCUCAGUGUACUGUCCAGGCUACUCUCCAUUGCUAUUGAAGAGCCGGGAAUCCCGCACCCUGGGCGGCACACUACGUUGCUGGGACACGCGCUCCGACUGGCCGAGCUUACUCCGGGCACAUUGAGUGAAGUUCUACGCAUAUACCUGUAUGCUAACGCCACAGCAGAGGUCAAAGCUCUCACAGGUUUAACAGUGGAGCGAGAGCGAGACCGGAAAGUGGCAGAUCACCAUCAAAGCGACGCAGAGAUGCUACUGACCUGCUCCACCACUAAAAAUGGCAAUUACUACGAGCAUUUGCACAACAACGCCACUUAUAAACUAUCAGAAUUACUGCGUGACAAACCGUUUGUUGCGCUAAACCCUUCGAGUAAAGCGCGCAUUCUUGCGCGAGUGUGCGACGAGCUGCUACAAAGUCGCGCCGUGCUGCGACAACUGGACGCGUCGCUCGACCACCUCGCGCAGCUGCGGAGGGAUAGAUUUCUACUGGACACUAAAAUACGCAAGGUCCGCGUGCUGGUGCAGCGCAAGGCGCGCGCGGAGGCCACGGAGAAGCAGCAGGCGCUUGCUCUGGAGCGCAUGCACAGGCUCGUGGACGACUCCUCGCACCACACCACUACAGAUACUGAAAAGAGCGAGACACCGAAGAAAAGAGACAAAGAACUAUCACCUCACUCCGACGACAAAGCAAACACUCCGUCCCCAUACAAAGACACCCCUGAUGAAAGCGACAAGGAACUGUCACCCUUAAAGGAUUUGCCCAGCAGUAUGGCGGAUAAGGAGAUCCUGAACAAUAAUAAGGACGCUUGUUCCCCGCACGCGAAGACAGAUAGUGUGAUGGGGGAUUGUGAUGCUGGUCUGAGCGAGCCUGAGAGUGAGGGAACUCAGCCGGAAGAGGAUGAAGACAAGAACCUGUCGUCUGAGGAAUUAUCUAGGAAGCUGGAGAAACUUGUACGUCAGUCUGAACAGCAGCUCAUAGCACUGGCGGCCGGCUCGCACGCGCUCCGAGCCACUUGUUACGGCCAAGACAGGUACUGGAGACGAUAUUGGUCCCUCGGAAAGUGUGGAGGAGUGUUUGUGGAAGCGAUGGAGUCCGCCCAACCGGAAAUUCUGGACUACCAGGCCAAAUUAGAGGAAGCCGCUACUGACCCUGCGCCUAAGGUCAAGAAAGCAGUGAAAGAAAAAACCGAACCAGAACCUGAACCAGAAGAACCAUCACCAAGUCGGGAAGAAGUAGACGAAGAGGCUCAAGCUCUAGAACUAAGAAGUAUCAAGAAUGAGUUGAACCUGAGUGACAGAACGCAGAUUAUUAAGUAUGAGCCUAAUGUCACACACGGCGCGUGCAAAGUUGAAGGUUCAAUAAAAAUGGAAGAGAAGUACAUCCAACAGCAACAGAGCAACGAAGAAGAAGACAUGUUAGACAUCGAAGACUCCAUACCAACGGCGUUUUUAGUCCAAAAGCCAACGCACAAGCCAAUGUUUGCCACACAAGCCGAGCCGAUGGACAAACCGCAAGAGAUCAUUAAAGUAGAGAACGUUGUCAAAACAGAAGAACAGGAAACAGAAGAAAACAAAGACAAUCUAGUGAACAAUCUAGAAGAACUACGCAAAAUGGCGGAAGCGGUAUCUUCCCAAUUGGAUGCAGCAAAAAAAGCCGAAACAGAAAAGUUAGAAAACGAAGCGAAAAACGUCAAAAUCGAACCAGAAAUCAAAAACGAAAUCACAGACACUGAUUCCGCUCAUUCCAUUCUAUACACCAAAAUGCUAGAAGGCAAAUGGUUUUCAAUACUACGCCACGAGAAUUCCUUUCUCACAAGCAUUAACGAGGAGAAAAAAUCCGAUAUACCCGUGUAUUGUGACAACGAACAGACAUGUACGGAAGUUAUAAAUUGUCAAGGCCACAAAUGGGACGUGUCGAAUAAUUUGCACUUGUUGAACGACCCGAGUCUGUUCACUUUGAACUCAAUGGUGACUAGUGUGCAGGUGCCGUCGAAUAACGUGUAUGCGGACUCCAGUUUGACUAUGUCGGGUUUGGAUCAGGAUAUGUUGGACGCUAGUUUGAGUAAGGAGGCGGUACCAGAGGCUGAGGUUGAAGAGGAAUGUAAAGAACAGGAAAACGAUCUAGAAAAGGAGCUCCAAGCCGACGCAGCCAAAGAACUAGCCUUACAGAAGGCCAAAGCGUCCAACCUGUCCAGCCUAGGCCUUCUCAACUUCAACGCUCUGUCAACUUACGUGACUUGCGACAGUCCGCCGCCCAUACAGAUGUCGCCUGAGGAGUUAGAACAGCUGGAACACUGCAAGACCCACGGCAUGCCGGUGAAGAUUGAGGGGAACUUCGUGCCCAAGGAAUUGAGAUACGGCUGGUGGCGUAUUACAGAAGAGGAGCAGUUGAAGCACUUGCUAGACGCGUUGCAUCCGCGCGGCGUUCGCGAGCGCGAGUUACACGCUUCUUUCAUACACCACCUGCCUACGCUCAACAACAAGUUAUACAUAGACCACGGAGACAGUGCCAGUCAGUUGCCAGCCACGCCAGCGGAGCGAGCGUUGGCGCAGAGUGGCGGGUGUCCAACGCCAGACGAGCCCAAUACAUUCUGCGCGGUCACCGCCAGACGGGUGGACAUGCAACUUUUGGCUAUGGUUGAAGCACUAGAAGAGAGAGUAGCCGCAGCGUCCAUACAAGUGAAAGGUUGGCGAGCGACGCGUCUAGUGCUGCCCUCAUCCGCGACUGGCGCCGAGAUAGUGGCUCGAGCGAGACACAAACUGGCUUCCCUCGAGGCGCAUAUCGAGAGGAGGUACCUCAAACCGCCACUAGUGCAAAGAUUCAAUAGUAGGACACCCAUUUUGGAAGACCCUAUAACACAAAGCACGACCGAGGCGAACCUGGGCGCCGUGCUGCAAGGCGAGCACGGCAACGCGCCCUCCACGUCACCUCAUCACGACACUCCCAGUGAAACCAAGAAUGACAACAAGGGCAUAGCCCGAGGCCUAGCCACGUGGCGCGAGGCGGUGUCCCGCUGCAAUACCUCAGCGCAGUUGGCCAUGUUGCUGCAAGCCCUAGAAUCCGCCAUCGCCUGGGACAAGAGCAUCAUGAAAGCUAACUGCCAGUUCUGUCUAUGCGGCGAUAACGAAGACCAGUUGUUGCUGUGCGAUGGAUGCGACAAAGGAUAUCAUACCUACUGCUUCAAACCACGAAUGGAGAAAAUACCCGAGGGGGAUUGGUACUGUUGGGAGUGCGUGAACAAAGCGCGAGGCGGGGGAAGGGAGCGAGUGUGUAUAGUGUGCGGCGGCGCCGCGCGCGGUCGCGCCUUGCCCUGCGCCUUGUGUGUACGGGCGUUUCAUCUGGACUGCCACUACCCACCAUUGCAUAAGAUGCCGCGUGGCAAAUGGUACUGUUCUCAAUGCAUCUCUCGGGCGCCUCCCAAGAAGCCGCGGAAGAAUACCAAGCGGGAGAAAAAGGUUGUGGAUACUAGCAGAGACAACACUGACAUCGAUGCUACUAUGGUUCCAAGUCCGGCAGCCUCACACGCAUCCACAUCCACAACAGCAGAGGAACCGACGCGAGCCCACACGCCUGACAAAGAGCACGAUAAGCUCGACGAGCCGCUCGCCGAGCCGACUCCACCCGUGCAAGUCACCGAGCCAGAGAACGGGAUCAACCAUCAUACUGUGGUGCCAGAAAUACCGGCGGACGACGGCCCGCCCGCUGAAAAACGCAGAGCCCUACAGUUCGUGGCCGGCAACGGAGCCCUACAACACGACGACAGUGAUUUAGUCGACGGUCCUGUGGAAGAACACGAGUCGGAAAACCUUCCACUGCUAUCCCGUGCCAAAAAAGAGAAAACCAGUGCCAAAAAACAGCUCAAAGAUGUCAUGCAGUUUUGCAAGAACCUCUUAUGUGAAAUGGAAUGCCAUGAACACGCUUGGCCAUUUCUGGUCCCAGUCAACACGAAGCAGUUCCCGCAGUAUAGAAAAGUCAUCAAGUGCCCCAUGGACCUAUCUACCAUCAAGAGAAAGCUGCAUGAUUCUGGAUACAAAUGCAAAGAAGAGUUUGCCUCCGACGUACGUCUGAUCUUCAGCAACUGUGAGGUAUUCAACGAGGAUGACAGUCCCGUGGGUCGGGCGGGUCACUUCAUGAGGCAGUUCUUUGAAGAGCGCUGGCUGCUUGCCUGACGUACCACCACGUCCAACACUUACACCGAACAAAAUAUGGAGAUGAAAUAGACAGAAGUCUGAAGAAAAAUGAAGCUUAAGUGAUUCCGAACCACAAAAAAGUGGUUUACAACCACAAGAAACAUGAUUUUCUACUUAAAAAGUGAUUUAAAACCACGAAAAGUAACAUCCAGAGAUAAGUUAGUUUACAUCAUAGUCUACUGACUUUAAAUCAAUGAAAAGUGAAUUA